GGAUCACUGAUGAGGUAAGGCUCAGAGCAGCUUUCUCUGCUUCUAUCGUUAUACGUUUCCAGUUUAACUCGAGUGGACACGACCUGCAGGUUCACUUGGAGAGCUGAAGGAAGUUUCAGACUGGUUGAGGAAGACAUGGCAGAUUGUCCAGAUCAGAAGACCAGCGCCUUGCUCAGAGUCUCCCAUCUGCCUCUGGUCCGUUCCGUGUUCCAGUCGGUAAUCUCCAUGUACUCUGGGGUCAAAGACCGCUACCCUCUGCUGGGUCUGAUGGGAGGAGUGGCAGAGGUCGGAGUUCUCAGUGUCUCUAAAGAAGCCAUGAGACGAGCCACGCCCCUUUUCCAGAGUCUGGAGCCACAAAUUGAACUUGCCAACAGUUUAGCUCUUUCUGGUCUUGACAGCCUGGAAAGAAACUUUCCCAUCCUGACCCAGUCCACAGAUGAGGCGAUGACUCACUUGAAGGACGCCUUCUUUUUGACUCUGGAUGAUGUCCAGGUGUGGGUGGUGGACGGCCUGGAAGGAGCUCUGGAUCAGCUGGAGCGAGUUUCCGACACAGUUCGGACGGCCGUACAGCAGCUGCAGGAAACGCAGGUGGGCCAAGCAGCCACAGCGGGGCUGGACAACGUCCUGAGUCUUCUGGAGGACACCACCGCCUACUACUUACCCCUCCCACCUACACUGCGUCGGGAGUGGGAGAUGAGGGUUCAGGAGUACGAAGAUGAAGAUGAUGGUGACGAGCCCAGCCUCUGGACCAGGGUCCGCAGCCUCCUGCUGACUCUCAGCCUGCAGCUGUAUCACCGAAUGAUGAAGGUCAGAGAGCAGCUGCAGAGCGCCGUCAGGACACUGGGAGGGGCCGUUGACCAGGUGGGUCUGACUCGGGUCCUGGAGAUAACAGGUGAGCUGCUGCAGAACCUCCAGAACCUCUUGGUGUUGCUGUUGUUCCGAGUGGAGAGUAUAAGAGGGGCCACCUUGAGAGGGAUUGUGGAGAGAGCAGCCAUGUUAGCCGAGUUGACCCCGGUUCGACAGGUCAGAGAACUGCCGGUUCAGAUCCAGCAGGUGCUCCGAGACCUGCAGGAGCUCUCCAAGGUCCUCCUGCAGUUUGUGAUCAACACCACGCCGCUCUACACCAUGCUGGAGCAGUCAUCGCCUCAGGAGGUGGAGGAGUUCCUGAACAAGGAGGACUUUUCAGACAGCUCAUCCCGUCGUAGCUCAGCUAACAGCCUCUUCCUAAAGACGAUGGAUGGCCGCCCUCGUCGUCGUCGCAGUCUUUACUUGCGUGCCACCCCCUGCCCUGGAAGUGCCCAAAGCCCUGAACCCCCCAAUGGUCGCCGCUCAAGCACAAAAGAGUCUUCCACCCCAGAGAUGGACGUAACAGCCCACCCUUCCGAAGGCAACGCUAUCCGACGACCAUCCGCUACCGAGCUGCUGCUCACGCCACUCAAACACUUCGUUGUCCAGAGCCAGAAGGCCUUAGAGUACAUGAGCCCCAACUCCAGCGACGGUACCGGCACUGUCACAGAAACAGACGACCCUUAAACACCCCGUUACAGUUUGAGGCGACUUGGUCCCGGCCUCUGAGCCCGGCUUCGGAUCCGUUGAGGCCUGUCACCGCAGCUCCUGACGAGACGUCUCUUCCUCAGCUGAUGCUGGUUUGUGCGUUCAUGCUGAACCGCAGAGGCAUUACCAAAUUAGCGUUGGUCACUGAUGCUGAAAUUCUGCUUUAGACCAUGAGAGAAACCUUGGGCUUACACCGAGGUUAUCUUAACAUAUUAAUUAUAUUAUACAGUUUUUAUUUGCUCAGUGGACAUGAAACCAUUCUCCGUCCUGUUAAAAUGCCAGGUUUAUUAUGAUGUAAAUGAUUAAAUCUAUAUAAAAUCUUUUUAAUGUGACAUUACGCUCAAUUCAACUCAGAGUUCGGGAGACCAUUCUCUUGGUGAUUUGUUUUCAUACUUGUGAAAAAUUAAACCACUCUGCAUCUGCAGCUUUCUGGCCAACACCUGAAGGUUUUGGGUGAAAACUGACUAGUAUGUAGAACCAGUCCUUCAUAAAUCCAUCCAUGUUGAGGAAAGGUUCCUGUUCAUCUGAAGAAUAGAUACCCCAAAUCAUGAUUAUGCCGCCGUCUUGUUCUAGUGUGUAGUCUUCUUUUGAUGGUGUGUCCCAAAAAUUCCAGGUUGGUUUCAAGAGAACAUAAUACAUUAUCCCAUGACGACUUGGGAGAUUUUAGUCUGACUUGGAUGUUUUCCUUGGCAGGAAAGGUUUUUUCCUGUUGGAAAUCUACUCCAUGGUUCAGACAUAUGUAAAUCUUCACCUGUAGAACAGAACCAGCACUUGUUGGACAUUCCUGAAGCUCCCUCAGGUUUUGCUGUUGAUCUUAUGGCAGCUUCGCUGACCAGUUUCUGUCUUAUCUAACAGUUUUGGAGAACAGUCCAGGUUUUGUAAAUGCCCUUGUUUCCCCAUAUUAUCUCCAGUUAUGGAUGGCUCAGAUGUAGGGCUGUGAAAUUCUUUGCAUUCUUCUCCUGACUGAUUCCUUUGAACAGUGAGGUAGUUUUGAUCCUAGCUAAAAGAAGCAAACGAGCAAAAAAAAUGCAUCUGGAAGAGCUGACCUUUAUUCCAGUGUAAUCGUUCACUAGAGCUGAUAUCAGGUCUGAACCCACGAACACUGAAACUGAUGGAAAUGCAUAAUUAACCAAUUAAAUAUUUCAUGUUUUCCCUUGAAACUGAUUUGUUUACUUUAAUUCCACAUCAUAAAUUGCUUGUCACAUUAAAGAUGGAAGUUUUGAAAUUAUUCAUCGUGGUCCUGUUGUUUUGCAUAAUACAAACCUGGCCUUUUAAUAAGAGUGUAUAGUUUUUAGAGCCACUCUGACUGUAGCUGUCACUUUUGCUCUAGUAUAAUCUAACUGAAUCAUGGUAUCAGAGAAUUAGAAGUGGGCUGAGUACACAGCCUUGUGGGAUGCCUCCUCAAUCUCAAACUUUCAUCUGACUAGCUGUUCACUUGGAUGUUUUUCAUAGAAGCAGAAUUUAGGCUUGAGAGAUGAGCCGACUCACUGAUCUCUGGGAUUAACUAAUUUUAUCACAAAUUAAUCAGUAUUUAUUUCAAUAAACUUCACUUUAUGUUCAAUCUAACUUUCUAUGUUCCUGAUUAUAAAAUCCUGUGUAAAACUGGGCGGUCUUUGGAAAACCUCUUUCAGAACAAUGUUGUUAUAAAGCAAAUAUUUUAAGUUUAUUAACAUAAUGUAAAUUUUUGGAUUGAGUUUAAUAAAUGAGUGAUUUUCUGAAAUGUGAUGUAAUCUGAUGGGAUGUUUUGUUGUGGGUUCCUAUUGAAUAAAAUGAUGUUCCUUAAAGAUAAAUAAAGAGAUAAAAUUAACAGCUGAAUUUAGGUUUUUGUGAAAAAUCAGUGGAAGUUGCAACCGAGCGACUGUAGAAUUAAUUUAGGCUUGUUAAAAAUUUCAGAAAAGUUUUAUUUAUUAUCACUCUUUGUAUCUCAAGCAUCGUCCAACUGAAUGUAAUAUUUCUUCCUGAGAGAGAUGUGAUGAAAUAAAGCUUCUCCACAGCUCUUGA